AUGUUGUUUAUUAUUAUUAUAUUAAGUUUAACAUGUGUCGUAAUAAGUCGUUUUGUUCAAAAUUAUCGUUUGUUUACCUUUCAAACGACGAAGCCGUUACCUGGACCAAUAAGACUACCAUUUAUCGGUAGCCUUUUUCUUUUUCUAUACCGUAAUUCCGAGGAUUAUUUAAAUAUUUGGACUAAGUUCACUGAAACUUAUUCAUCUCCAUUUCGAAUAUGGAUAGGCCCAAAGUUAUUCAUCGUAAUGUAUGAACUGGACCAAAUAAAGAUUGUCUUACAAAACCGUCAUUGUUUGAAUAAAAGUUUUAUAUAUAACUGUCUAAAACCAGUAUUUGACAUGGGAUUAGUGACAGCUCCUGCAUCUACAUGGACUGAAAGUCGAAAAAUAAUAGCACCAGCAUUUGGUAUGAUCCCGAUGAAAAAAUAUUUUAACAUAUUUGUUCAAGAAUCUUUAAUACUUACUGAAGAUUUAGAAAAAAUUGCACAAAGUGGAAACGAAAUUGAAUGCCUUGACUAUCUAUGCAGAUGUACCUUAAAAAUUUCAUGUGAUACCAUGAUGGGUGUCAAGGUGGAAAGGAAUUUAAUAGAUGAAUGGUGGAAAAUAAGUGCAAGUCAAAGACAAAUUUGGCGAUCUAGAUUUCAAAAUGUACUCUUGGUUCCCAAUAUUACAUAUAAUCUUACAUCUUGGAGGUGUAAACAGCAAAAGUGUUCAAAUUCCUUUCAUUCAAUCAUUAAAAAGAUGAUGCAGCAAAGGACAAAUGAAUCAAGUACGACAUUCACUAAUGAUGACACAUCUCAUACACGAUUUUAUGACAUUUUAAUGCGUUCAUUUCAUAACGGAAAAUUCACGCAAAAGAAAAUUAUAGACAAUAUAUUUACAAUGCUAGGAGCGUCUUCAGAUACUACCGCUACUACGGUGCAUUUUGUAAUUAUUAUGAUGGCAAAUUUCUCAGAAAUACAAGAAAAAGCGUAUAGAGAAUUGGUGGAAAUUUAUGGCACGGAAACUCCGAAGUUUGCACCAGUUAAAUACGAGGAUCUACAACAUAUGCAUUACUUGGAUUGUAUUAUUAAAGAAACUUUAAGACUUUUUCCUACUAUCCCUAUGAUUGGACGAAAACUGACAGAAGACUUAAAAAUAGGAGAAUUUGUUUUACCGAAAGGUGCAGAUGUUAUUAUAUCAUUUAUACGAAUGCAUCGGAAUGAAAAAUAUUGGCCGAAUCCAUUGAUGUUUAAUCCGGAUAGAUUUCUUCAAGAAGAAACAAAUUGUAUACCACAUUAUUACAUGCCUUUUAGUGACGGACCAAGGAAUUGUAUAGGUUUGAAAUACGCAAUGAUAUCUAUGAAAGUUAUUUUAGCAACGCUGAUAAGAACGUUCGUAUUUAAAUUAAAUCAAAGCAUUGAGAUAGACAAAAUCAAAUUAUUUUCGGACAUACUAUUAUGUAUAGAUGAACCUAUAAAGAUUAGAAUUGAAAAACGGAUCUCUAAAUAA